AUUUGAUCCACAUAGGACCCACAGUGUGGAAGGUGUGAGAAAAAUAAUUUUAUUAAAAAAACCCAUGAUUGAAGACAGGGGAGCAUGCAUCCCUAGGUCAUCCAGCUGUGGAAUGACUCCUUGUUUCUUGGGUUCUAUGGAAAAGAAUCCUAUCUGAAAACAUGUGAUUUGUCCAAAAAAAAUAAAAAAAAAAUCCUUCCGAACACCAUCAGGUAUAUAUGGUCCGAGGUACCACAAUGAGCAUAAAGUGUGAAAGUAGUUUCAGUAGGAGGUUGAUGAGGAUGAUGAUGAAAGGCUUGGUACAACUUAGUUUAUAAGCGAAGCUAUUGAGAGAAUAGGAUUAAAGAACCUUACCGUAACUUAACUUGAAGGCUUGGAUGGAAUGGAUUAUGAUUGUGAAUUUAUUGUGGCUUUGCGGACAAUGCAAUACAAACUAAUAAUACUAAUUAAUAAUAAUGUGGAUCUACAGAAUAAGAUUACUAUGCCUCUGUGGUUCCAUGUAUAGCUCAAUAGCUUUUACUGGAAUUGGGUAAUUAUGGAUAGUGAUGCUUCGUUGGAAUAGUGCGAAAGAGAGGUCAGAGAGGCAAAGUGACUACUGGUUAGCCCUUUUGAUUUUUCCAAGAAACUGAAAGCUUUUUGCAAAAUAGUCCCUCUAGGGACGCUUCUCUCUGAAUUAAAAUAUAUACCCACCCCGUUGCCAGUUGGGAUGAUGAUUUGAGCAUAUUCAAGUGCAAGUUUCCUCAUCUCUGUGCAUUAUAAAGACCUCAACGAGGAAGUCUCAAUCCAGAAACAACGAAUAACGAGCUCACAUAACGUAACAGAGAGAGAGAGAGAGAGAAGAGGAAAAAGAAGAUAUUGAGAAUGGGUGGUGGUGCAAGAGGAGCAGUGGUGGUGAUGGUGGUGGUGCUAUUAAUAUUGUCGGAGGGGACAAGAGGAGGCAAUGCCACAAAACAUGUGGUGGGUGGGAGUCAAGGGUGGGAUGUCUCUACUGAUCUCACCUCUUGGGCAUCUUCCAAUACUUUCAAAGUAGGAGACCAACUCGAGUUCAAGUACACAGUGGGUUUGCACAGUGUAGUGGAACUGGGGAGCGAGAGUGCGUACAAGAAUUGUAACAUAGGGAAUUCUGUGAACUCAAUGAAUGGAGGGAAUGACGUGGUGAAGUUGACUAAGACUGGGACUAGGUACUUCGCUUGUGGAACUCCAGGCCAUUGUGCUCAGGGCAUGAAGCUCAAGAUCAACACUCUCUCUGCUUCUGCUUCUGCUGCCAAUAAUACUGAUUCCUCUUCUUCUUCUUCUUCAUCAUCUACUCCUACUCCUACUUCUACUUCUACUUCUUCUGCUUCUACCCUGCAAUCUUUUGCUCACUUGGUUCUGACGAUGUUAUCUGUUUCCAUCACCAUUUCACUUCUUACAGUAAAGAGUUAGCUAAAAUCCGGAUUGUAUAUCUCAUGGUCUUGAGUUAUGAUACAUGUGUGUGUGUGUGUGAGAGAGAGAGAGAGAUAUGUUUUAUUUUAUAUAUCCAUUAAUAUUAUGAUAAUUAUUGGGCUGACCCUUGGGGCUUUGAGAAUUGAGAUAUGAGAGGAAAUGAAUGUACUUGUAAGUCAUGGUUUGAAGUAGAUAUUAUAUGCAUCUCUACAAGAUUAUUUCA